AAAAAAAAUACUUUGACUAAAAGGAAACCUUAUCAUUUACAACUUUAGAUUCACAAAAACAUUAUUUUGGAAUCAAACCACUCCCUCCUCUCUCUUCCUCUCUGUCUGGUUUGCAUAUACUACAUACAUAUAUAAAUAUUCAUGUAUUAAUAUAAGGUCAAUGCACUGUUGAGAUUUCAGAAGAUCCCUACAAGCAGAAGAAGCUGAAGCUCCUUUUCUUUUUUGUUGGUUUCUUUGGUUGGAUCUAGAGAAGGCAAUCUUAUUGGUUGUGAAACUCAGGUUUGGAGAAGAUAAGUUAAACUCGGUUUUUAUACAUUCAACUGGGAUAUGAGAAUUCACUGAAUAAACCAACCUACAUCGUUUUAACAUGUUGCUACUAUUCUCGGAUUAACUGCUUAGUCAAUCAACAUCAACACCUCACAUUGGAAUUUGUGAAGUCUGUUAAAGACAUCUGUACAGAAGAGUGGAAAACAGUUUGCAAAACAUAGAUAUUGAAGAUGGACAUGAAGGAAGCAGAAAGAGUGGUGGUUGCCAAGCCAGUAGCUUCAAGGCCUACUUGUUCUACUUUCAGAUCUUUCUCAGAGCUGCUAGCUGGUGCAAUCAAUGCUUCUCCCACUGUUGCAUCUUCUCAUGCUGCAGUUUCAGCCAUUAGACCCAAGACAGUGAGGUUCAAGCCUGCAGUGAAUCACCCCCCUGCUGCCUUUGUAUCUUCUCAGGCUGAUGCUUUUGGAGCAGCACUUGGUAACUCUUCUGACAAGAGUCCUAAACUUGACACCAAGCAGUCCCUCAUAUACAAGCCAACGGCAAAACUGGUGUCAAAGACAACUGUGUCUCUUUUGGCAAACAUGAAGGGAAAUUGCAGUACUAGUCAACAACAAACACGGCACUCAAUGGAGACCAAUUUUCAACAUUCCAUCCAUGAAAAAUUUAGAACCAACUCGAGCUCAAUUCCUGAUCAGAGUACUAUCCCGCAUGCAGAAAUAAACCAGAGCAGUGAAGCUAGUAAGAUGGUGCAGCAGAACACAGAGGAGGACCAAAAAGCUUUAACGUCCUCAGUGAAUUGUGAUCGACCAUCUUAUGAUGGAUAUAAUUGGAGGAAAUAUGGUCAGAAGCAAGUGAAAGGGAGCGAGUACCCUCGAAGCUAUUACAAGUGCACACAUCCCAAUUGUCCAGUGAAAAAGAAGGUUGAAAGAUCAUUUGAUGGCCAAAUUGCAGAAAUUGUUUAUAAGGGUGAACACAACCAUUCUAAGCCACAGAUUCCUAAGCGCAACUCAGCAGGGACACAGGGAUCAGGGGUGGUGUCUGAUGGAAUGGUUCAAGAUAUGUGGAGUAAUAGUCACAGUGAGAGGAAUGAAGGGAAUGAAGGUAGAGUUGAAAACACAGGACUGUCUAUGCUUUCGGAUUAUCAUGUCAAAGUUCCACAGCCUAAUGAUUCUCUUCUUAACACUAAUGCUGGUGGAGGAAGCAUGGAAAACUCUUGCGGUCUAAGUGGGGAAUGUGAGGAAGGAAGCAAGGGAUUUGAGACUCAGGAGGAUGAUCACAGAAGUAAAAGAAGGAAAAGUGAGAAUCAAUCCAAUGAUGCAACGUUAUCAGAGGAAGGUUUGGUAGAGCCGCGCAUUGUGAUGCAAAGUUUUACGGAUUCUGAAAUACUUGGAGACGGAUUUCGCUGGAGAAAAUAUGGGCAGAAGGUGGUGAAGGGCAAUCCAUAUCCCAGAAGUUACUAUAGAUGUACCAACAUCAAGUGUAACGUUCGCAAACACGUGGAGAGAGCAAUUGAUGACCCAAGAUCAUUUGUGACUACAUAUGAGGGAAAGCACAAUCAUGAGAUGCCACUCAAGAACACGGGAAAUGCAGCCUCAGAAAGAGAUUCACAGGCUUCUCUUAGUAAAGAUAAACCAUGAUUGACACUUCAAUUAGUUAACAAGUAUGACUCAAAUGGCAUUGACAUCAGAAAUAAUUGAGAGGAUCCAUUCCUUUUAUAUCCUAAAGUAUGCUCAGAAUAAUUGAAGUUGAUCAGAAAGAUAAUGACAAUUUCGAAUGCAGUACCUACUGAGACUAAGACAUUUAGUUCUGCGGCAACUUGUUGAUAAUAACAGUAUUGGUGCUGGUAAAUUGUUGUACUAUAUAUAUGGAAUCAAGGGCACUGGCAUUCCCUUCAAUAA